AUGACUUCAAACCUCAAGUCCUCCACGUCUGCUCCUCAGUUCGAGUACAGAGGCAGCCGCAGUUCGCCUAGAAGUGAAAACUGCUUUCUGGUCAGGCACACUCCCCAUCCCAGAAGAGUAUGUCACAUCAAAGGUUUGAAUAACAUUCCAAUCUGUACUGUGAAUGAUGACGAGAGCAUGUUCAGAACACUGUGCUAUACUGGCCAGAAUAACAACUUAGAGAAAAACGAGAUACCGACCUCCAAAUGCAUUUACCCACCCAGCCCCACAGGGGAGUGUUCCAGCAACAGGAGUGCCCAGAGUUUUGUCCGAAGAAUGACACCAACCCCACACAGUGUCAAACUGCCCCCCCGGCCUCAUUCUGAGCCUUGUAGAAAAACCAAUGAGUGCUUCAUGACUUCCAGUAUGAAUCCAUUAGUAAUUAAAAAGGCAGAAAUUAAGGCCAAAAAGACACCUUCAAAGGCAUCCUCUACUGCUGGAUCUUGCUUUUCAGAGGUUCCGAGAACCAAAGCUCACGUCAAGGAGAACACUGUUUGCAUACCAAACUAUCUGGAUCAGGAGAUAAAAAUCCUGGCAAAGCUCUGUGAAAUUUUACAUACUGACUCUCUAGGAGAAGUUCUGGAGUGGCUGCUUCAUGCAAGUACAAAAGAAAAAGAGUGGGUGUCUGCUUUGGUUCACUCUGAGCUGGCUGAGAUAAACUUCUUGACUGAUGGUCACAGAAGAAGUGCCUCAGCAGAACCAGUAGCAGAUCGGGAGAAGUCACCUGCAGUUGCUAAAGCAACCGCCAGUGUCAAAUCACUGCAGAAUUCACCUGCAAAAUCUACAACACCCAUGGGAGUUGAGGAAAGCCAUCAAACACCUAGGAGCUGAGCACAAGCAGCCAUUAUUUUUAAGAAGAAACACGACGAAAAUCCCCGUGACAGAAUAUUUCAA